CGCACAUCGGCGCGCGCGCAUAUUAAUUAAUGUUCUGUUAUUUUUUAAUAAAUUUGUUAAAUAAACAUUAAGUGAGUGAAGUGCAGUGAAUUCAAUAUAAAACAUGGCGCACAGGAAGAUAGUUCUCUCAAUUCUGUUCAUCACAACUCUCCAGCAAACAAUGGGCUCUGAAGAUAGAUAUCUACGUUAUGUCAGAGACAGCUGCAUCGCAAAAGGCGAGGCGUUAUCCUGCGUCAAAUACAAAGCCCUGAAAAUCGCCAAGAAAACACUUUUCGGUGAUAUGAACAGUAACGAAACUAUCAUUGCGAAUGACGUCAUAAGCUUCGUACCUUUAAAUUCAGAUAUUUUAAAAGACAUUAAUGUCACUGAAGAAGUUGAUUUGCUGAGAGAUGGCCAGAGGAGUAUUUUAUCUGAGUGGACGGAAAUUGCUAAAUACUUUAUGAGCUUGGUACGGGAUUUCUUUAAAAUGAGAGGCUUGAGGGUGAACUUGCCUCCCGGAGCAAGGACCAUUGAGGAUCAGGAUACUGAAGAUGAUGGUCGUGGCAAGAAGAAGAGACUGGCAAUAAUGAUCCCAUUUCUGAACUUGCUGGCAACACUGAAGACGAAAAUGUUGUUAAUUCCAAUUUUGUUGGGGGUAAUGCUGAUAAAGAAGUUGCUGCUUGUUGGUGCAUUGUUGCUGCCCAGUCUGCUGAGCACGUUGAAGGCAUGCAAGCAACAUCACCCAAUGACCCACUACUCGUAUUUCGGCAGCGACACAGCUGAUUACAACUCGGACUACUCCAAUAGCUACGCGUAUUCCUCCGGAGGUGGAUACGGCAAGGACUGGCCUUCCAACAGGGCGUAUACCAUCGCCAAGCAUCGCCCCACUCCCGCGCCUGUAUACAUUACAGCACCAGGCACUGCGAAGUAACAGUAUCUUCAAGAAGUAUUUAAUUAAUUUUUACAGGAAUAUUGUUAAGAUAUAAUUCACAAAUUGCAUACAAUUAUUUUGUGGUUCGCAAAGUUUUGCUUAUAUUUCUAUUAUAUUUUAUUCGGCUUUUUUCGAAUCAGUCAAUCUAUAUCAUAAAUGUAUUAUUUAUAUUUUUAUUAAUUUGGCGAGAAAUAAAUAUUUCUCUAUAAAAUUAUACUUUCACACUGAAUCUCGAAUUUUGUCAAUAAAUAAAA